GAGAAAUCGACGUUCAUUUGCAAUGUGGGCCUUUCUUCACCGUUCGUGCCUUUUACUAUGUCGCCGCGAACCUGGAAAUUUUUUCAUUACAGCCUGACUAGUUGCAUCGAGUGCAUCCUAAAGUUAGUCUUCAAUUUUGAAUAUAAACUAGAAAUUCAAUUUUAAAAUGGCAGAGAAAGCAGAAUCCACUGUUGCGCCUGCAGUUGCACCUUCCGAGGGAGCUGCAAAGUCGAAACAGCCUCGUGUGAAGGCCGCUCAUCCGCCAGCAUCAGAGAUGGUCGUUGCAGCCAUCACUCAUUUGAACGAGAAGGGAGGUUCGUCUCUGCAAGCCAUCAAGAAGUUCAUUGCCGGCAAGUACGUAGUCGACGUUGAGAGGCAAGCUACUUUCAUCAGGAAGUACCUGAAAGCGGCCGUCGCCAACAAGACCCUGAUUCAAACGAAGGGAACAGGUGCUGCGGGCUCCUUCAAAUUGAACGUCGCCAAGUCUGAGGGAAAAGCUAAGCCGAAAGCACCAAAGGCUAAGAAACCAGCAGUAGCCGAGAAGAAGAAGCCAGCAAAGGUCGCGGCCAAACCGCCAAAGGCCAAAUCUACCGCUGCCAAACCCAAAGUUACGAAGGCUUCUCCCAAGAAAUCCAAGGCACCUGCAGCUACCAAGAAAGCUUCUCCGAAGCCCAGGAAGACUGCGGUUAAGAAAGUUGCAAAGCAGUAG